AUGCAACGUUCAAUGGAAUCUGAUUUUGAAGAUGAAGAUGAAAUAUGUUAUACAUCAAAACGUCGUGUACAUCCUCCAAUAUCUCAACAUUAUGAUGAAGAUUCAUUUCCAUCAUCAUCUUGGACAAAUCCUCCUAAUGAAAAUGAACUUGAAGAAGAUCAAUGUAGUUCAUCAAUUGAUUAUUAUCAUAAUGAUAUUAAUAAUGAAAUAUUUAAUUUACCAAUAAGUUCAAAUGAUCUAUAUGUAACACCACAACAAGCAUUACAUUUAGCAACAAUUUAUGAAUUUUUACGUCAUUUUUCAUCAAUAUUACGUCUUACACCAUUUCUAUUUGAACAUUUUUGUAUAUCAAUUAUUCAAUCAAUUAAUAUAAAUAAUAUAUUAUUUUCACAAAUACAUAUAUGUUUAUUACGUUUAUUAAUUAAACAAGAUGAUGAUGAUAGUAUAACAUAUGCAUCUGAAACAGAUAUUAAAGGUAUUAUUGAUUUAUCAUUUGUUACUAUGGAUUAUAUAACAUGGCCAUAUAUAUUACAAUUAUAUGUUACAUCACAUCCACAAUUAAAAAUAUAUACAUCAAUUGUUAAAGAUUAUCCAUUUAAUACAAAUAUUCAAGAAAAAAUUGAUAUACUAUCAGCUUUAUGUGAUGUUGCAUUAACAACAAAAACUAUACGAAGAGAAUUUGAUGAUACAAAACCUAAACAACAUGAUGAUAAUUGUAGACAAUGUCAAAAACGUGGUGAUUUACUCUGUUGUGAUCGUUGUGAAGCAACAUAUCAUCUAGCUUGUCUUAAUCCACCAUUAAUAAGUGUACCAACUGUUGAAUGGUUUUGUCCUGUAUGUAUACAAAAUCAAGUACAUGGUGUAACAGAUUGUAUUCCUCUACGAGAAAAUCGACCAUUUUAUUUACGUCAUCGAUGUAUUGGUCAUGAUCGAGAACAACGAAGAUAUUGGUUUGUUUGUCGUCGACUAUUUGUAGAGGAUGAAACCGGUAAAGAUGUACGAUAUUAUUCUACACUUGAUCAAUUUGAUACUCUAUUAUCAUAUCUUGAUGAUACAGGACCAGAAAAAUUAUUAGUUUAUCGUUUACAAAAACGAUAUAAUGAUAUAGCACGUUGUAUGCAAAUAACAGCUGAACUUCAAACAAUAUCUAUACCAUUGGAUCAAUCACCAUCAAUGACAAAUCUAAUGUCAACAACAAUUGAUUAUGUACCAACAUUAGAUGAUGAUAAUGAUGAUCAAAAAUCAUUAUCAAUGUUUACAGAUGGUUUAAUACCAUAUCAUUUCGAUGAAAUCAUAACAAAAAAAAUUGAUUAUGAACAUCUUAUUAAUAUGAUUAAAUUAAAAAUAAAAUCAAACAAAAAUAUUUGUUUAAUGCAUAGUCAGAUAGAUGGUAUUGUUGAUAAUGAUGAAAAAGAUACAAAAUCAUUAGUUAAAAAACGAGAAUAUUUUGUUCAUUCAACUAAUAAUUAUGAUUAUUCAUCAAAAAUCAAUGGACAAAAUUACUAUACAAACGACUUACCAGUAUCGAAUGAUUUAAUCUCCGUUUCACGAUUUAAUUCAUCAAAUAGAUCUUUAUUAGAAGAACGUUUACGACGUAUACAUAUUGCACUUAAACGUUUAAAUGAAAAUGAUAUUAAUGAAACAAUUUGGCAACGUUAUGAACAGUAUCAAACAAUGAAUAGAUUUCCUUCUCAUAAUCGUAAUAAUACAUAUUCAACAAAUACAAAUCGUACAUAUUCAACACAUAAUACAUCUUAUCCACGUAGUAAUUAUUAUCGUGAUUAUUAUACGGGUAAUAAUUAUGAAGAUGAAGAUGGAAUGUUACUUGAUAAUGAAUAUGAUGAUUUUGGUGAUGAUUUUUUUCAACAAGAAGAAAAUAUUGAUGAAUUUGAUAUGCCAUUUAGAAAAUAUGAAAGUAAUCGAGUUUAUCGAGGUACAACUCGUGGACGUCCUCGUGGUCGAGGUCGACCACCAUUAUAUGGUGGUCGAGCUGGACGUGGUUCUCAUUAUGGUCAGCCACCACGUGGUGUUAAUCAUUUAACAACAGGUUCAUUUCAAUCACAUCAACGUUUAAUUCAACCAAAAUUAGAAUCACCUAAAUUAAAUGAACAACAACAACAACAACAACCGGUUAGAAAUAAGCGUAAACCAGUUAAAGUUAAAUCAGUAACAGUAACAACAACAGAAGAAAAACCAAAACGACCAGGAAAAGUUUUACGUAGUGGAAGAAUAUCAAGAAAACCACGACGAGAUUCAGAAACUGAUUUUGGUUCAGAUAAUUCAGAUGAUAGUGGAGCUAAAGAUAAAGAAACUGGUUCAGAUGAUGAUGAAGAAUUUGAUUUAACACAACUUGGUCUUGGUUUUGGUAAUACAUCAACUCUAGUAACAAAAACACGUGAUGGUUCAUCAUCAUCAAAUGAUUCAUUAGCUACAACAAAUCUUCCAUUAACUAAUUUUGCUGCAUUUGCACAAAGUCAAUUAUUAGCAACAAAUUUAGCUAAUGGAUUAUUAAAAACUAAUGAAGAAUUAAGUAAUGAUUCAGAUUUUAGUAUAGAUGGUUUUGAAACAGAUGAAUCGGAUGAUAUACUUAGUCAGAAAACAAAAAUUAACAGUGAAAAUAUGGAUGAUGAAGAGCUUGAUGAUUUUACAUAUAGUCAAACAAUGUUAUCAGUUAUUAAGAGUAUGCAACCAAAUCAUGUUAAAAUUGAUCUUGAUCUUGUACCACGAAAUAAAAAUAUUAAUAGUAAUAAAGACGAUAUUCUUCCAUCCGAAGGUCAUCUUCAUUAUGAAAAUUAUUAUCAAACAAAUCCACUUGCAACAAGAAAACAAAUGUUAUUAAAUGAACGUGAUCGACGUGCACAUUUAGCACGUAAAUUUAGUAUAAAUCAUUCACCAUCAUUUUCAUGGUAUUCUCCAUCAUUAUCAAUAACAUCAAAUUAUACAUUAAAAAAUCUAUCUGAUAUUAUACGUAUAACAUUAGUCUAUUUUGAAAAUACAAUACCAUUACCAUUUAUGCAUUCAUAUUGGAAAGUUUAUCGAUAUAAAUGGGCUAAACAAUUACUUGAUUUUAAUGAAAAUUUAACAUUAUCAAAAUUAAUUUAUCUUUUAUUACAAUUUGAAACUUGUAUUAAAACAGUUUCAUAUUUUGAUUUAUUUACAGAUCAAGUUGGUUAUUUAAAAUUUCGUCGUGAAACAGAAAAAGAACGUGAUGAAGCUAAAAAAGAAGAAAAAGAUGCAUUUAUAAGACGAAAAAUUGAUGCUGAUUCAAUUAUACAAAAUGUACAUUUUACACGACCAUUAAAACAUAGUGUACAUAAACAACGUGGUGAAGAAUAUCGUUUAGCUGGUGGUCAAGGAUGGACAUUUAUACGUUCUACACGUCGUAAAAUAAUAAUAAAUAAUAAUAAUAAAAAAACAUUUGAUAUUAAUACAUUAUUAAUACGUCGUGAAAAUAUGUCUAAUGCUAUAUUAAAUGAACGUAAUCGUAUAAUUAAUUUAAUUGAAAAUAAACUUAAAAAUGAUUUAGGAAAUGAUAUUAAUAUUGAUAAUGAAUUAAAAAAUUUAUUAUUAACAGCUAAAGAUGAUAAUGAUGAUUUAAUUGAUGAUUUAACAUUUAUUAAUUAUAAAAAAAUUGAUUAUAAUGGUAUAUCUUAUCGAUAUCCAAUUAUAUUAGAUGAUACACGUCGAUCAUUUCAUUUAACAGCUGCAACAACAUUAAUAAAUGAAAAAAAAUUUUCAAUUAAUACAAAUCAAUUACCAAUACCAUGGACAUUUACAUUUAAUAAACAAAUAUUACCAAAUAUAUUUAUUCUUCCAUCUUAUUUACUUCGACGUCUUGCACGAGCAUCAAUAUCAUUAACUGAUAUACCAGGUUUUAUUAAUUCACGUUUAAGUGGUAUUGGUACAAGAUUUGGUUGGCCAUAUCCAUGUGGUAGACCAUCAGUUCGAACAGCAUGGUGUUAUAAAGUACAAACAAGUACUUCUUUAUUUGCAAUUGCACAUCAUAUCAAAUAUUUAUGGAAUUGUAUAAGAUGGGAUCUUCUAACUGAAAAACUUUCCAAUAUUGAUGAAUCAUCAAUAACAACACAUAUUGAUAAUGAUGGUAUAACAACAACAAUACAAGUUUUAGCUAAACGUGAUUCAGGUCCAUAUAAUUCUUAUUGUGAAUAUUUUGUACGUAAAACAAUUCAUCCACAAACAAAUGAAACAUCAAAUUUUAAUAUUCCUAUAUCAAAAUCACGUAGUCGUGCUGUACCACAUCCAUCAUCAAUAUUAACAUCAAAUCGUUUAAUAUUAACUGAACAAUGGUUACCUGAAAGACAACUUCAACCAAAUCAAAUAAAAUAUUAUUAUCAAUGUUUACAAGAAAAAAAUUUUAAACGUUUACAUAAAAAAACAAAUGAUGAUAGAAAAAAACAUCAAAAAAAGAAAACAACAAUUAUAAAUAAUAAUAAUACAAUUCAACAACAACAACCAGCUAGACCAUUUAUUGUUCGUAUACCACAUUUACAACCAAAAUCAACAUUAAAUACUGAAAGUGGAAAAGUUGUUAUUGUUAAAACAACUAGUGAAUCAUCAUCAACAAAUCUUCCAAUACAACAAAAAUCAUUUUCAGUUGUUAAAUUAGCUGAUGGACAAAUUAUUCUUGUUCCAACAAUUCAACAAAAUGAUAAUGGAAUUUCAAAAAUAAUUAAAGCAUCAUCAUCAUCACCACCAAAAUCUCAAACACAAACAAUUUCAAUUAGUCCACAAGAACGUCGUUUACGUCCAAUAGCACCAGCUCCUAUAACAACAAUUCAAACAUCAAAUGAAUUAUUACAUUGUCUUCUUGCUCAACAACAACAACAACAACAACAACAAUUAGAGACAAAUGUACAUAUUGAACAACCAACAACAAAUGAAGAUACUCCAUUAACAACUAUUUGUGAAACAAUUACAAUUGAUACAAAUGGUUCAACAAUAAAACCUAAAUUUGAAUCAACACCUAUUGUUAUACAAAAAACUAAAAAUCUUCGUAAAACAAUACCAAUACCAUCAAUAGUUGAUGAUAAAAAAAUAAAAAUUGAUCUUGAAGAAGGCAUUCGAAUGAAAAUAUGUGAAGCUGUUCUUCGUUCAAUAAUUACUAAAAUUGAACGUGAACAAAAUCAAGAAUCUAUGAAAAAACGUCUUAAAAAUACAAAUACAAUAGUAUCAAUAUCUAAUCAUCGUCAAAUAAAUUUAACACGUUUAUUAAAUGAACGUGUUGAUAGUCUUCGAAAAGAUUUUAUUUCUUAUCGUCUCAAUCGAAAAACAGCAUUAGUUAAAGAACAAGUGCAAACACAACGUCUUAAACAACAACAAAUGAUACUUAAACAACAGCAACAACAACAACAACAAACAACAGUUGUUAAACAAAUAGAAUCAAAUUUAGAUGAUAAUAAAGAAAAAACUAUUGAUAUUCUAACAACACCUACAAUUAAAAAACAGAGAAAAAGUACUGGAAAUGAAAAUAAAAAUAAACGAAAAGAAACAUCAAAAUUAUCUGAACAAAAAAUUAAAAAAACAUCAACUAAACGAACACGUCCACUUCCAUCAACGAAAACUUCCGAUAAUGAUCAACAACCUGUAUCAAAAAAAGCUCGUCGUUCACAUCUAAAUGUAUCAACUGAAAAAAAAGAAUCAUUUAAUAAUGAUGAAAAUCAUCUUAAAAAUUCUAAAUCUUGUUCAUCCAUUUCAUCACCAUCAUCAUCAACAACAAUAGUUAAAAUGAAAUCUACUGAAAAAUCAAAAAAAAUUAUAACAAUAAAAAAUUCAUCGAAUAAAAAAGAAAAAACUGAAAUUAAUCUCUCAGAUAUUAAUUGUAGUUGUCAACAAACGAAUUUACCAGAAAAAUUUUUUAUACAAUGUGAAUUAUGUUCACGAUGGUUACAUGGUACAUGUGUUGGUUUAACACCACGUCUUGCUGAAAAAUUAAAAGAAUUUAUAUGUCAAGAUUGUACAUAUUUAACACAAAAAGCUAAAGAACGUUUAUAUUGUAUUUGUCAAACACCAUAUGAUGAAUCAAAAUUUUAUAUUGGUUGUGAUGUUUGUGCUGAUUGGUUACAUGGUUCUUGUGUUAAUAUAACACCAGAAGAUGCCGAUAAAUUUGAAGUUUAUGUUUGUCCAAGAUGUUCAACAAAGAAAAAACAAGAAUUUCUUAAUAAAUCAAUAAAUAAUGAAAUGCAAAAAGAUUUAUUAAAUCUUACUGAUCAAUUAUUAGCACAUAAAAUGGCUUGGCCAUUUCAAAAACCCGUAGAUAUUAAAGAUGUACCUAAUUAUUAUACAAUUAUAAAAGAUCCUAUGGAUUUAACAACAUUAAAAACGAAAGUAAUGAAUAGUAAAUUGAAAACUGUAUGUGAUUAUAUACGAGAUGUUAAUAAAAUCUUUAACAAUUGUCGACAAUUUAAUUCAAUUAAUUCAACAUUUUCUCAAUGUGCUAAUGUUGUUGAUAAUUAUUUUCGUCAAUUAUUAGAAAAUUUGAUGAUUAAAGACGAUAAUUAA